CUCACCACACCUUCAAUACGAGAAGAGUGUGUGUGUGUAAAGCUUUAGCAAACUUAAAGUUAGCCAAAAUAUUUAACAUGGGUCACCACUCGUGCUGCAACCAGCAGAAGGUGAAGAGAGGGCUCUGGUCUCCUGAGGAAGAUGAGAAGCUCAUCAGAUACAUCACCACUCAUGGCUAUGGCUGUUGGAGCGAAGUUCCUGAGAAAGCAGGGCUUCAAAGAUGUGGGAAAAGCUGUAGGUUGAGGUGGAUAAAUUAUUUGAGGCCCGACAUCAGGAGAGGCAGGUUCACUCCUGAAGAGGAGAAGUUGAUCAUCAGCCUCCAUGGGGUCGUAGGCAACAGAUGGGCUCAUAUUGCGAGCCACUUGCCGGGAAGAACAGACAACGAGAUAAAAAACUACUGGAAUUCAUGGAUCAAAAAGAAAAUUCGAAAGCCUUCGCCGGCUUCUCUGACAAAUGUUCCUCCCAGUACGUCUUCCGAGCACUCCCUCUUGAACAAUUGCUCUAAUCAACUCAGCUGCGCAAUGCCGGAUUUAAUGGCAGCGAAGAUGCCUGUACAGGAAACCCUAUUUUCUUCCCCUUGCCCUUUAUUUAUGUUCGAUACCGCCUCGCUCGAAGGGCUAGCGGAGAAUAACGAACAACAAGAGCUUUUCACUGAAGCGGUCACGGUGAAUUCCGCCGGCACCUGGAACUUGAAUCACCAGCAAUUCCACACCACACUUCCGCUGCCUCCCCCGACUUAUACAAGCGGAAGCGGGGAUGCUAAUUAUUUGCCGCCAUUGAUAGAAAACGUAGAGAACAUGUUGAAUAUCGGGAUGCAAUCUAGUAACAUCGACGAGGAAGGAGAUCGGAUAGCCCUAGAAUGCUUUCAGAGGCAGGAGUUGAACGAAUGGGUCGAAUCCCACCAGUGCCCAAAUUUUCUCUUGUGGGAUAAUGUGGAAGGGCCUUUCGGCGGGGAAGACAUCGUGCCGGCUUCAUCGACCGCGGGAGCUUCUACCAUGUCUUCCUUCCCUUCAUCUCUCAUCAUUCCUGAGAAGAACCGCCGUGAGAUCUCCAAGUACCUCUUCCAAGAGGGGGUUUGCUUUGCGAAGAAGGACUUCAAUCUCGCAAAGCACCCUGAAAUAGAUGUCCCGAAUCUGCAGGUGAUAAAGCUCAUGCAGAGCUUCAAAUCGAAAGAGUAUGUGAGAGAGACGUUCUCUUGGAUGCAUUAUUAUUGGUUUCUCACCAAUGACGGCAUCGAGUUUCUGAGAACCUACCUCAACCUCCCCUCUGAAAUUGUCCCCGCCACCCUGAAGAAACAAGCUAAGCCACUUGGUCGGCCCAUGGGUGGUCCACCUGGUGAUCGUCCCCGUGGCCCACCAAGAUUUGAGGGAGAACGACGAUUUGGUGACCGUGAAGGUUAUCGUGGAGGUCCUAGAGGACCUGCUGGAGAGUUCGGUGACAAGAGUGGAGCACCUGCCGACUAUCGCCCUUCAUUUGGGGGACCUGGUGGAAGACCAGGCUUUGGUCGCGGAGGUGGUGGAUAUGGUGCUGCAUCGGCUAGCUCAGACCUUGCUUGAAUGGUUGACAAGCUUCACUGCCAUUAAUUUUGUAGGAUGGUAAUAGGAAGGGAACUGAGUCAAUGCGGUUGCGUUUCCUUAUAGUUUCAAUUAAGGUGUCUUUCAAGAGAUUUUAUACUUCUGUCUUUUUCGGCUACUAUACUGGCUCAGCCAAGCUUUUGUCUUUAUAAUCGUUGUUAAGGUCUUGUUUGUGACAAAGAAGUGAAUAAUGUAUCCUGUUUGGCUUAGAAGUACAAAAUUCAUCAUGCUGCGUAA